AUGCCUUACUGCUUACAACAGUGUGGUAUUCUUCUUGGUACUAUUUUGAUUGGACUAUGUUCAUUACUCACCAAAGUUACGUGUCAUUUAUUGUAUCAAGGCGCAGUUAUGACACGGCGAAGAAGUCUCGAAUCGUUGGCGCUUCAUGCAUUUGGUACAGGAGGAAGGCGUUUAGUUGAGCUUUUAAUGAUUUUGUAUUUGAUGUCCUCAGUUGUAUCAUUUAUGGUUGUUAUCGGCGAUAUUGGUCCUCAUGUACUUGCUGACUAUUUGCAGCUACAGGCACCUACGCAACGAUUACGUGUCCUUGUUAUGGUACUGGUAUUUUUAUUCGUUAUCUUGCCUUUAUCACUGUUUCGUAAUUUGAGCAGCUUAUCGGGUAUCAGUUCGGUUACUGUGUUCUUUUAUUUUAUUUUCGUUUUACGCAUGCUCAUCGAAUGCAUUCCACGAAUUUUUGACGGGAAGUGGAGCGCCGAUGUAUACUGGUGGCGUCAGGAAGGCCUGCUUACGAGCUUACCAAUCGUUACAAUGGCACUGUCUUGCCAGACACAGCUAUUUUGUGUUGCCGAUUGUAUCAAGGAUCCAUCCACUGCUAAGGUAUAA